AUGGAGAUCUUUAGUAAUCCACAUUAUUAUCCAUCUCCAUCAUCAGAUGUAAUUUUAUAUGGUGACCAACCUGUAACUAGAUCCAGACGAUCUGUAUUUCAAGCAGAUAUUUAUGCUUUGAUAGUUUAUUUGACAUCUCCAGUUGAUCCUGUAUCAUAUUCUAUUUUUAAUGAUUUUUUUCUGGUUUAUAGGGAAUUUAUUUCAUCAAUGGAACUUUAUGAUAUACUGAUUAACCGGUUUAAUUGGUGUAUUUUGGAGAUUAAGAUUGAGGAUAAUGAUAAAUCUAGGAUUGGCAAAAUUGCUUUAAUACGAACUUUUGUUCUCAUUAGACAUGGGAUAAUGAAUCAUUUUGUACAGGAUUUUUUACCUAAUAUUGAAUUACGGCUUUUACUCCUCGAAUUUCUUAAUAAAUCCUAUUUAAAUGAGCAUAAAAUCAUAAAAGAUUGUAUUAUAAAUUUGAAAAAAAUAUGGAUUCACUGCAUGAAAUUGACAUGGGAUAAUGUAGUGCUUAAUGAACCUGUUAAUAUACCCUCUGAAAAUAACAGUUAUAAUAAUACUAAUAGCACUGCAAAUAAUUAUGGAAAGCUGAACGAUCUAUGGUUAGAGUUCAUAAUUAAAGAUAUAUCUCAAUUGAAUAAAGAAAUAAAAAGGAAUAGUCGACUGAGCAUCUCUGCUUUACAAGGACUUUCAAGUCCUGAUUAUAGAAAUCGAAGUGUGAUGUCAUUGUACAAAAGUAAUGAAAACUUUCAACUAAAGAUUUCUUCGGAAUAUGAAAAUAAUAAGAAAUCAUCAAGACAUACCCCUUCAAUGCUAUUAAAUCCUUACAAUAGUUUUAAUUAUGCCGCAAAAGUAUCACCAAAUCGCAUUCCAAAAUAUCAACACAAAAAUAAUGAUAAUAAUAAUGAUAAUAAUAAUAAUAUAAAUGCUACGACUGUCACUCCAAUAUCAAAAAAUGAUGACUUUAUAGAAAGACCUGCUAAAAGAAAAGUCAGUAUUAUAUCAAAACUUCCGUCCAAUAUGUCGCCAACUAUAGCAGACUUGGAAUAUCCAAGAAAUUCAAAAAUUGACAAAAUCAUACCCCCUACACCAGCCAAAAAGAUUGAACUUAUUUUGAAUACUAAAUAUAUUCCGGAAGAAGAAAUUGUAUCCACCAUGGAAGCAACGGACUCUGGUACUAAUCAUGAGGAAAUAUCAGUACACACUAAUUCGAGAUCUUCUUAUAAUCAUACCGUCAUGGGACCUUUAGGGUUGUUAAAUAAAUGGAAAAAGAAUCAUUUGAGAAGUAAAAAACAUGAAAUUACAUCUCCAUAUAAAAAGAAUUUCAACCAAAAAGAUAAUUUACAAAUAGGAAAUAUUGUUAAGCCACAGAUGGACACUUUUAUUAAAUAUGUGAUAUCCAUUAGUUCUCUUGAAAACCAUGAUCAAAAUCCUAAUGAAAUAAUGAAUUUAGGUGUCUCGAAAUUUGAUAUACUCAGCGCCAGAACUAUUGAUGAAGUGGAGUUUCUCCUUCAUAUGGAAAAUGAAUUGUUGGAAAAGAUUAAUAAAUUUAAUAGUGGUGAGUUGUCCGGAACAGAAACAGUAGAGACAGUAGAGAAUGAGUAUGAAGAUAAUUUAAAUGAUAUUGAAGAUCUAAAGCUUCCAGUGAAUAAUUUUAGUGCCAUGGAUAACUUGGAUAUGUACCAAACAGUAAGCUCCAUAGCACAGUCAGUAAUUUCUCUGUCUAACACGUUAAAUGCAUCAAAUAAUAGUAAUGGUGAUACAAUUGAAACAGCACCUUUUGGUUCAAGAAGGAAAGUUAAAAGUUCUAUAGCAGCAUUUUUUGGACAGCAAAAUAAUUCAUCGAGAUUUAUACUACAAAAUCAAGGUUUUAAUGAUGUAAAUUUAGAGACUUCACCCCUAUACAUUGAUGGACCCCAAAGACUUAUAUUUCAUACUUCUUCACAGGAUCUUUCAGGCAGGCCUGAUUCUAGUAAUUCUAAUAUUGUUAAUUUAACACCAACAAAAAUUUCGAGAUCACCUUGUCGUAAUAGAAGUUCUUCUCCUUUAAAAAAGUUGUUAGAGGAUCUUGAAGAGGCAGAAAGUAAAGAAAGUAGUGUUGAAAAUGUUCAAUCUCCUAAUAAACUAAUUAACAAAGGAAACAAUGGCAUAAACAACGUUGAAUAUGUCAUAUAUGAUUCUGAUUUAUCAAUAUCUAAAAAUGAUAUUAAUGAUCACUAUAUGGAUAGCCAAUCAGACUGUAGCAGUGGUCCUAAUUUAAGGAAGAAAAAUUCAUUCAACAAUUUGAGAGAGUUCACACUUGAAGAGAAUGCCAAGAACAGGGACCCAUCAACAAACAGUAAACCUGUGCUCAAUUUUUCACAACCAAUCAAUGAUAGUUUAGAUGUAAUAGCUGGUUUGUAUGGUACGAGUAAUAUAAAUGACAGUAGUUCUCUGUCAGUAGUUUCUGAUGUACAACAAGCAAAAGAUGAAGAAGGCAAUAUAUUAGUUGCUGAUGAGGAGCAUCAAUCUUCUUCUAUUGAGAAUAAUAGAAAUUCUGUUACUGUUGCAGCUAUUAGACCUGCUAGUGGUAGAAUUAGUUUAAUAAAGAAAAAUAUUGAACAAACAAAUAGGCGCAAGACACCAAUAACUACUAUGCCCACUAUUAAGAUUAAUAUUAGACAAACUGAUUUUUUUCAGAAGGAUAAGAUGCUGCAGGAAAGUGAGGAUCAGUUAAAGACUUUGAAAAAAGAUGUAACUCAAAGGGAUUCGGAGACCCCAAGUAUUGCUACUACUGCACUAUUUACUUCAAGGCAUAAUAGUCCUUGUAAGAAAGGGCAGGCUGAGGAAUAUAUGAAGGAAUCAGUACAUUCAAGAAUACGCCUUUCAGUACAACCAAGUAUUCAGUCUAUUAUUAGUGAUGGGACGUUUUCUAGUUACUCGAUAUUUGAAAGCAAGCCAAGUGAAAGAGUUAGUUUAAGAACCAAAUUUCAAGAAGGGUUAAAUGUUAAAGGUGGAUCAACUUUUGAGACAGCCAGCACUAACAAAUAUAUAUUUGAACCAAUGUCAGAAGGUUUAGACGAUGUAUCUCCGUUAAAAAAUAUGGAAGAAUUGAAGAGUAAAUUUUUAAAGAAGGAGAGUACAAAAUUGCCAAAUAAUAUGGAAGUAAAGCAGCCCUCUGGUGCACAUACAUCACCUCACGCAUAUAUUAGUCAAGCAAUAAAUGAAGAAGCAUUAAAAAAUAUUGCAGACAUAACAGAUGAUACCAUUCAAGAUAAUCCACUAGAAGUAGCAAUGAUGAAAUUAGAAGGUACUUACGCAAAGGUAAGAGACAGGUUAGUUACUACAGAAAGUUAUCCAGAAAUAUCGAAACUACCAAAAGAAGUUGAAAUGUUAAAUAUAUCGCCUGCUGUUAAUAUUCCAAAAACCCCUCAAGAAAAAAGGAGGUCUUUAUUAAUUCAACGUAGAAGACAAACAGUGAUGAAUAUUCCAUACACUCCAUCUUUCGUUAAAAAAGAUGGAUCACUUGAAUCUCCAGUACAAGAUAUGGAAUUAAUAAAACCUGAAGCUAUUCAAAACUUAUUAGCAGGAUAUAAAAUACACGAUCCAAACUUGUUAAUAUCUAAUAAUGAAAAUCAUAUCCCUUUUAUCUUGACCUAUGAUUCUCUUUCUAUUGCACGUCAAAUGACUCUCAUAGAAAAGGAACUUUUAUGUGAAAUUGAUUGGGAGGAUUUAUUAAAUUUAAAUAUACAAUAUAAUGGACCAUCUGUAACCAGUUGGCUUCAGUUAUUGGUUCAGAAUGAAAAUCUUUCAGGAGUGGAUUUGGCCAUUGCCAGGUUCAAUUUAACUGUAGAUUGGAUAGUUUCAGAAAUUGCAAUUACUAAAGAUAUUAAAUUAAAACGUAAUACUAUACAAAGAUUUAUUCAUGUAGCAGAACACUGUCGUAAGUUUCAAAACUACAAUACAUUAAUGCAAAUCGUAUUAGCUUUAAAUUCGGUGGUGGUGCAGCAAUUUAUUGAAGCUUGGAGGCUAAUUGAACCGGGCGACUUGUUGGUAUGGGAAGAGUUAAAGAAGAUACCUUCAUUGGAUAGAAAUUAUUUGGCAAUAAGAAAAUUAUUGAAUAAUGUUGAACCACUAAAAGGUUGCAUUCCAUUUAUUGUCGUUUAUUUAUCAGAUUUAUCAUUGAAUGCACAAAAAAAGACAUGGAUUGAACAGAAUAAGAUUAUUAAUUAUAAUAAAUUUGAUACUAGUGUUCAAAUUGUUAAACAUUUUAUUCAAAGGGUUCAAUGGUGCAAAAACUAUCAAAUUGAAGUUGAUCAUGAAUUAUUAAGUAAAUGUAUUUACUUGACUACACUUCCACAAGAUGAACUCCAACAACUCACAUCAUCUCACAAUUAA